AUGGAUCCAGAAGAAAUACAAAGAUUGGUGAAUCAACUCAAGCUGUCAGAGGAAGCAGAUGAUUCUACGGUGGCCCUCUCCGCCAGCCUUACGAAUAAUUUGCGCCUUCAGACAAAACUUUGCCUUGUUGGAAAGGUGUUUGCUAGCAAACAAGUCAAUAGGGAGCUUUUACUCACUCAACUCCCAAUUAUUCUACAGACACAGUUAAGGGUCGAUGUGGAGAUUGUGGGACCAAACCUAUUUAUUGCUCAAUUUACGUCGGGUUUGGAUAAAAAACAUGCUUUUUUAGAUGGUCCUUGGCAUUUCUUCCAGGAUCUCCUAUUGUUCGCUGAAAUUGAAGGUUUUCAACACCCCUGUGAAGUCAAGUUUGAAUCUUUCACAGGAUGGAUUCAGUGCCAUAACCUGCCCCUGGCUUGUAUGCACCCGGAUGUGAUUAGACGCAUUGGAGAACAAAUUGGUACUGUCAAAGAGAUCGAUUUGGGGGCAGGGGGCCUUUGUUUGGGAAAAUUUGCAAGAGUUAGGGUUUCCUGGUCCCUAAAUUUACCGCUAAAAAGAUGUGUGCGCCUCCUCCCUGAUGGUGAGAUGGAGGGUGCCAUUAUAUUACUGCUUUAUGAAAAGUUGCCAAACUUUUGCUUUCGCUGCGGAAAAAUUGGCCACCUUCUUCAUUUCUGUGAGGAAGCGAGCUGUGGCGAUCAAGAACUGAAGUUUGGAAUGUGGAUUUUGGCUCCUAGAGCCUACGAGGCUCGAAAGAAGACGACACAUAACAUGGUUUAUAUGACUGGGGAGUCGUCUCAAACCGAGCGGAGAAAGGUUGUCAAUGAAAGUUCCCCUCGAUUAUCCCCAAGCUCACACAAGAAGGGGGAUGAGAAUGAAGAUGAGGCAGCUUCAAGUGCUCAGGGAUGCUUUGGAGGAAACUACAGAAACCCAAAGCAUGUUUCGAGCCCUGCUAUUUCGACUCCGGAUGAGUCGCAGAACUGUGAGAAGAUGCUGAUAGAGAUGACACAGGCUCUGGUUUCGGGGAGAGGCGGACAAAGAGGGAAUAAAGAGGGAGAGGGUGAGGGACAUAGGGGUCAUAAGAAGGAGGAGGGAAAAGUGGAAAAAAUGGAUGGGGUGAAGAAGGGUGAGGGAGAGAAGGGGGAGGUGCAUAAGGAUGAUACUUAUGAAGGGAUUGGAGGGGUGGAAGUUAAGGGAAAGGGCGUGGCAACAGUAGGGGAAAAAAGUGGAGGCAAGAAGGGGACUCCCCCAAAAAUGGGAGGCUGGAAGAAACGGGCUAGGAAGGAGGAUGUUUCGAGGAGGGGAUUAGGAGGAAGAGGAGGCCGGGGUGGGCGAGGGAUGAGCCCGAGCACUGAGGGAGUGGAAAGGGGAGCUGUUGGAGGAAGAGGGAGGGGAGGAGGCGAGCCUACUGGUCAGACUGCUAGUGAGGACCUGGGCAAGAAAAGAAAAGGGGAUCCCGAGUUUGAGACGGAAGUGCUGAUCCCCUGUUCCAAACAACCACGUCUCGACAAUAGUUACAUCUUGACACCAACGGCGGAGGCUGCCGAGCAGCCCCGCCGAGUCCAAUGA